AUGAAGAGUGUGUGCACUUUGUUCGCUUUGGCCCUUUUGGGUAUGGCAGCAGCCCAACCAUCAGGUCGUAUUGUUGGCGGUCUAGAUGCCUAUGAGGGUCAAUUCCCACAUCAAAUUUCGUUGCGGCGUAGUGGUUCGCAUACCUGUGGUGGUUCGAUCAUAAGUGCAAACUAUAUUCUAACCGCUGCCCAUUGUGUCGUCUAUGAAGAUGAACAGGGUGCCUAUCAUGCUCUCGAUGCUGCCUUGUACACCAUCCGUGCUGGUUCCAUUAAUCGUUUGAUGGGUGGUGUUGUCAAACAGGUUGUCGAAAUCAUUGUCCACGAAGAUUAUGGCAAUUUCAUCAAUGAUGUUGCCUUGCUGAAACUGGAAAGUCCCUUGAUCUUCUCCGCCAACAUUGCUCCUAUCCCCUUGGCUUCCGUGGAAACUCCCGUUGGCAGUCCCAUUGGCAUUUCCGGUUGGGGUCGUUUGAAGACCGGCGGUGAUAUCCCCGUGAAAUUGCAAUACAACACCUUGGAAUCCAUCUCGAAAUUGAAAUGUCUCACAUCGAUCUUCAUGUCGUCGGAUGCUUUGAUCUGUUUGGCCCAUCCUGCCGGUAAUGGUGCAUGCAAUGGUGAUUCUGGUGGUCCCGCUACCUAUAAUGGUGAAUUGGUUGGUGUUGCUGGUUUUGUUGUUGGUGGUUGUGGUACCUCGAAUCCUGAUGGUUAUGCUAAGGUCUUCUAUCAUGUCGCCUGGAUUAAGAAACAUUCCGAUUUGUAA